AUGUCCGUUGGUGAAUACUCUGUCGAACAUUUUCAUACCCUUCCCUCCCUUGAGGUUGCACGUGCCAACUUUGCGAAGUUAAACGGCGAUGAACUUGUCAAAAAUGUCUUCAAAGAGUUCUUCAUUGAGCAAGGCAUGGAUCGUACGUUUGGUCUGGCCAUGCUUCAUCGUCAUUUUGAUCUAGAACCAGACGAAAUGCUUGUUGAUUAUGAAGGUACAUCUAUCCCUUGGAACGCGGCCCAUGUCUCCGGAAUGAACUCCCCUGAGCCCGCCAUCUGGGCAAUCUCGUCAGAUGGCGACUUCAAACCCACUGAGUUUUAUUUCUCAGCGGAUAGAAGCCUGGCUAUGGGAGAAGAAGAGCUACGUUUCAUGAAGCGCUUUCAAGUUUUACUUCACGAGCACAAAGCCACCCAAUCAUUCGGUCUUUGCCGAUAUCCCGGCGACGACUUCAAUGGUCUGUGUGAAGUCACUCAUGGAAGAGCCAACAUCAACCUGAAGCCUAGUGAUGUACGUGGAAUCCAGAAUUUUCCCUGA